AUGUCAUCGCCACAGGGAGGAGGAUCAGGAGCACAACAACACUCUGACGAAGAGGAAAGAUAUGUGCCCGACAUAUAUUCAUCCGAUAAGCAGCACAAGUUACAACAGUCCAAACUAGUGGACUGGGCCGUAUUUUCCGAAAUAUUGCAAAUGGAUGAAGAUGAAGAAGGGUUCUCCCAACAAUUGGUUGAAACUUUUGUUUCACAAGUUGAGGAAACAUUUGAAAAGAUUGAACAGUAUUUAAAAGAAAAAGACUUGGAGCAAUUGAGUUCGUCGGGUCAUUUCUUGAAAGGAUCGGCUGCCGCUUUGGGAUUGACUGCCAUAUCUGGUGAAUGCGAACGUAUUCAGAAUUAUGGCCACAAGGUUAAUUUCGACAAUUUCAGUCAAAAGAAGGAGGAGUCAGGAAAGAGUGUACUGGAGAAUGGUGAUGAAUCGGAAAGCAAGUCAAAUGGAACUUCUACAAAGGAUGGAGAGUCAACAACGACGCAAACAAGUAAAUCCGAAAGUCAAAAUGCUACUGGAAAGAGUGUAACGAAGAAGGAGAGGGAUGAUGAUGAUGGUGAUGAGUCGAGGGAUGGAUUUUGGAUAGCAGCAAUUGAAGAUGCAUUGUCUAGAGCUAAAGACGGGUUCGUCAAGACAAGGAAAGCAUUGGAUGAAUUUUAUGCUUAA